UCACACGCCACCUCUCCGGGAGUGGGCGGGAACAGUGCAACGGACUGACUGUAGCCAUUGAUGCGCUUCUUUUCGAAGACAAACCGAUAAUUUUUCCCAUUUCUGCGGCUUUUCCCGACUGCAGCCAUGGUGUCUCACUCUCUGGCCCUGCCGAUGAUCUGCUUCACCACGUUAUGGGCUCUGGUGGGGGUCGUGGCUCCAUUUUUAGUGCCGAAAGGACCCAACCGCGGCGUGAUCGUCACCAGUCUCAUCCUCACAGCCGUCUGCUGUUACUUGUUUUGGUUAGUAGCCAUUUUGGCGCAGGCCAACCCACUGUUUGGUCCUCAGCUGAAGAAUGAAACUAUAUGGUAUCUGCAGUACUACUGGGAGUAAACAAGGACUCGGAUGCCUCCUGUAAUUCCCACCUGCUGAUCUGCUGGACUUAAUUUCACCAUCACGUCUGAUUCCCAACAUCCUCACAUCUUGGUCUGCAACAUUAUAAGAUUCAUACAAAUCUUGACUUUAAGCAUUUUGCAACUCAAAAGUUAACAUCCGCUUUCUCUAUAAACUUGGAGGAUAUUUAGAUUACACUGCAGCCUCUGGGAGCUAAGAUUUGAAGAAUAUUAUAGGUUGUCUUUUAAAAAUGAAGCAGAGGUAAUCUGUUUGUCUUUUUUGUGCUGUGCUCAAACUAAAACUAAAAACUAAAACACA